AUGGAGCAGCUACAGUUGAGCAUAGCUUCACACAGGGAGACAAUUCGAAACUCGAGCUUUUUCCAUGAAAUUCAAGAGUCAUUGAGCGGGGACUUUACCAACAUCCGGUGCUUGGCCUUAGGUUCACCCAGCGAGAGCUCAAAUGCUCGGUACCAGUACGCUUUGCUUUUGGAGUUGGUGGAGACCAAGAACAUCGCUGAGGUGUCUCUUUAUGACCCUGUGUUUACCGAUUUGGAUAUGGAGUUGUUCAAGCCGUUCACAGUGGAGGAGCACUAUCGCGGUGGGGCGGGCCCUGAAACCCUAUACUAUAUCCCCCAUGCUCCACUCGAGGUGAUGGAGCAAAUACUAGUCACCGACAAGCCAAUGGUGUUUCUAGGCAACGACAUCAUUGCUCACACGGACCGACUAACAAAGCGCAAGCUAGCUUCCCUCUAUCCGACCAUGGCUGUUCUUGUGCAUUACUCAGAUGACGGCUCCUGUAACGACGGGUUUACCCCUGUCACAAACAAAAAGAGAAAUAGCCGCAAAUUCAAAGAGCCAGAAAUAGUUUACAAUUUCAAUGCUGUGCACUUCCACGGAGUAGAGAUCACACGAUACAAAAACAGCUUCAACAAGAAAACACCCUGGGGCAACGCGUUUUCUGACAUUGCAUUCCAUAGACUAAUAGACUAA